UUUGUGUGUCUGUGUGUGCGUCAGGUGUGGGUCAAUGCUGCCGCUCAGAUCUUCAACUCCAUUGGGAUUGGGUUCGGCUCCCUCAUAUCCAUGUCCAGCUACAACGCCUUCGACAACAACAUCAUCCAGGACACGCUCUUCGUCUCAAUCAUCAACUCGGCCACCAGCAUCUUCGCCGGAUUCGUCGUCUUCUCGGCCAUCGGUUUCAUGUCUCACACGCACGGCGUGCCCGUACAGGACAUCGCUACGGACGGACCUGGCCUGGUGUUCGUGGUCUACCCUGAGGUGUUCUCCACCCUGCCCGUGCCCCCCCUCUGGGCUGUGCUCUUCUUCUUCAUGCUGCUCUGCCUGGGCCUGGACAGCCAGUUCGCCAUGGUGGAGGUGAUGGUGACCACGCUGAUGGACAGCUAUGGAGCGACGCUGCUUCGGCUGCUGCGCAGGAGGGAGGUGGUGGUGGCGGCGGUGUGCGGCCUCGCCCUGCUGCUGGGCCUGCCCAACAUCACGCAGGGAGGCAUCUACUUCUUCCAGCUGAUGGACCACUACACAGCCAUCAUCUCCCUCACCUUCCUCGCCUGCUUUGAGGUGGUGGCAGUCUGCUUGGUGUACGGGAGUUCCAGGCUCAGCAGCAACAUUGAGGAAAUGCUGGGCAGGAAGCCGAACAUCUUCUUCAGGCUCUGCUGGAUGGUCGCCUCUCCCUGCCUCGUUACCGCCAUCCUGGUAUUCAGCGUGCUGCAGUACGAGCCGGUGCGCUACGGGGACUACGUCUACCCAGCCUGGGCCGAGGGCCUCGGCUGGGUCGUGUCGCUCCUCUCCAUCGGCUGGAUCCCUCUGGGCAUGGCUCACACCCUGUACCACGCGCAGGGCACCCUGAUACAGCGCCUCAAGUGGUCCGUGACCCCCCGUGCGGUUCGCCGCUCCGACUGGGAGGCGCCGCAAUCCAAGAGGCGCCCCUCCCCAACUCCCCCUCUGGUCACGGCGCAGACGGCGUUCUAGCGAGGCUCACCGCAGGGGCCAGGCUCACCUGGUGAGGCUCACCUGGUGAGGCUCACCGCAGGGGCCAGGCUCACCUGGUGAGGCUCACCUGGUGAGG